AUGCCAUCCAAGCCUCAAGAGGAGCGCACAAACGUCAUCAAACUGGGGACACUGCAUGAUGUGCGGUGGAGCCAGCUUGUGUGGAACAAGGCUGAUGUGCUGGGCACUGGUGCAGCCGUCAACCACGAGCACGAGCUGUUUCAGCUCCAGGCCCAGUACGACGAGUCUAACUUCCUCACAUUGCCCGUGUUGCGAACAACAAAGGCGUCCGUCCUUCCAACCCGCAAGCGACAAGCUGCCCUGUACAUCUUUAGCUUGACCGACAAAGACCCGCCAAACUUGUCAUCCUCAUCCCAGGCAACCUUUCAUAAAGGGUCUGCGCUGGAUGCGGAGGAGAACUGCGACAUUGUGCAGCUCUUGUUUCGCGCCAUCAUGUCCAUGCUGGAGAGACACAUGGGCGGUGACGGAUAUGUGCGGGUGAACGACUGCUUUUUCCCGCGCGAAGAUGACGAACCACGACGACUUCAGAAUCACGGUGUGCGCGUCCGCCCGUUUCUCAUCCGCAGCUCAAACGUGUGCGUGCGCGUGCAAGCGGUCACCAACCCAUACCAGCUGCUAUCUGCACCAGACUACGAUGUGGCCGCACAUACACAUGCGCGGCUCGUGCCCACGGGCGAUGUGUGCGAGCUGGUGCACCCGCCGCGGCCAACCAGCAGCGGCAGCAUCAGCGACUGCGACGACGACAACGACGCCAGCGACAACACCGCUGGUGUUGCUGCUGUUGCCACCCACCCACGCCCGCACCAAGGCAACUCCACAUCUCCACUGCCAUUGUCCUCAGCACGACCAGCAGCAGCAGCAGCAGCAGCAGCAGCAGCAGCACUGCCAUUCACGUACCCUCGCCCCGCGUGUGUGGCUGCGUGGGAGCGGGUUGCGCCCCACCUUGCCAGCGCGGUGGACGCUGCACCUGCUCAUCUCGUGCGCGUUCGCCUGGACGGCGUUGCUGGCGUGUACCCGGAGCGGCUGCUGGUUGUACCGCGUCACACCAGCGACACGACCGCCACCACCGCCAGCAAAGCACAUUCGCGCGCAGCAAAAGCAGCAAAAGCAGCAAAGGCAGCAGUAUCCGGCACGUGCGGCGCUGGGUGUGGCGAUGCAGCUGACGGGGAUGGCAGUGACGCAGAUGAUGCAGCGGAGAUUGACGGUGACGGGUGCACGCGCGUGUCUGCAUAUGCCGAGGAGAUGUGGCAGCGGGCAAUUGCAAACACGUGUGCUGUGCCUGGCCACGUGCUCACCACCUUGACCAGCCUCAACCAGCGCUUCAACACACUCGACUACUCCCACCUCAAUCUCCGCCCCACGCCAGCGCGGCACGCUCCGUCAUCCUCACUGUCGUCGUCGUCGUCGUCGUCGUCGACGCACGGGGCAUCGCGGCACCUGCCCCCGAGCAAGUAUCCGCAUGGUUCACGCGCUGGGUUGCGCGGUGCACAGCGGGCAGCGCCGCCGCCACCGCCGCUCAAGCUCCCCUGGGGCCGGCAGACGAAGCAUAAGGCAACCUGCAGCAGAUUUGUGCUGUCGCUGCUGAAGAGCAAGUUUGGUUCGCGGUCGGCAAGUGCCCGCAGGCGUGCGCGCAGUGUCAGGCAUGGAAGUGAUGUGGCCACAACUUCCCCUCAUGCAGCACACGCUACCGGUGUUGGUGUUGGUGGUUCCUCAGAACGAUCCAGGCACGCCACGACACAUGCAUCAGCAACAGCAGCAUCAGCGUCAUCGCAGGCGAAGCGAAGUGGGGAUGCAUCAGCCUCAACGUCGGAUAUGAAGCGCCCGAAGCAGCUUGAUGAUGGACCAGCACACGCGACGAACAUGGCUCCGUCGACACAUCCACAAGGGCAUCACAGCAGCAGCAGCAGCAGCACCCGCGACGCGGCAUUGGCGGCAGCGAUGAUGAGCACAGCAGCCGCUGUUGUCGGCACAAGCAGCAGCAACCAGGGUCACCACCACAAUCAUAGCAGUGGUACUGUGCUGUCUCAUUCGAGCCACGCCACCACUAGUGGUGGGAAGCGGGCGGCAUCUGAUCUGCUCACGCCGCCGUAUGACGACCAGGACACCCUCAAGUCCCUCUUGCGAACCUCCUCUGCGUAUGCGACGACCGCGACCAGCACGGCGGCGGCGGCCGACGAUGGCGAUUCUGCGCUGGUGCUGCCGGGCACGCCGUCAUCACCGCCCUUUGCCGCCUCCCUCGCCCCGCUCGCUGUUGGCGGCACCACCAAGUUCCCCGUUCCUCCCGCCUACAAGCCCCUCGCUAUCAAGCCGUGUCAGGGCCCGCCAACGUGGACACCGCCAGGCACAGGCGAAUACGAGGAGCCAACCAAGGCGCCCGGUUACAACCUCCACAUUCGCCCAAAGCCGCCCUCGCCAUCGUUCUUCACCAUUCCGGACGCCAUGAAGGACUCGUGGUCCAGGCCCCCAACAGCGGCGGCAGCAACAGCAGCAAAGGAGCGUGAGGAUGGUGACGACGAAGACAGUAACGUAGCGACUGUCAUGAAUUCGCCUGCUGCUGUGGCGUCGCUAUCUUCGCUGUUUGCUGCUCCCAACAGCCUGUUCAGCGCAGUGCCACACGAUGGUGCGUCCAACUCGCCCUCCCCAGCCGGGUUUGUCCUCAACGCCAAGUACACCGACAAGACAGACGCGCUUGAGUCAACCGCCACAAUUGCGCCCCACCUGCAGCCCAGCCCGGCGUCCGCCCAUCUGCUCGUCUUCUUGCAAUACGUGCGCCGCCCAACAGCCCAGCUGUCAACGACAGUCAGUGCCACGGGCGAUGCGAUGGAGCGUGCGGCUGCAAUCACCCUUGAGGCAAGCUGCUCCCUUCAGCUCUGCGACCAGCAGCCACUCGUCACAUACUACAUGCACCACGCACAGCAGCAGGCCCCCAUUCCAGCUGACCCGAAGCAGCCUGUGCCGAAACAUGUGUCGAGCAUGGACGCGACCAUGACAACACGCGUGCUCACGGCGCUGACAAAAGAUGGUCGCAAUACAAUUGCCGGCAUGCUGCCGCUGGCAGAAUUGCUUCCUGAGGCGCGGCCGCUACAUGCGCCGCAGCUGGCGGUGAAGACGGUGGCGCCCCUGAGGCAGCGCGACGCCGUGCUCACUGUCAGUGCCGCUGCACCAAAGAUGUGGCACUACCUUGGUCUGCGGCCCCAUGCCCACCGCAAGGACUGGGUGGUGGUGCCACUGUACAGGUGCUCGCCCGCGCACCGCCACACGGCCGAGUGGUAUGUGCAGCGCCUGGUGCACGCGUAUGCUGCCCGCGAGCUGGGCACGCUGACGGUGGUGCCGUAUACGCCCGACGCGCCCACAAUCACGCGCGGGGUGGAGUGCAUCAAGGAAGAUCUGGAAAGGCAGGGGCAGCCUGUGGACCGCGUGGUGCUGCUGGUGCUGUCGGAGGAUGGCGUGUGGCCAGAUGCGUUCUCCAACCCGGCAACCACCAUGUCGCUGUCCGCACACGCGCACUCGCUCAUGGUGAACAAGCGCAUGUACAUGCACCCGAACGCGGGCCUUGACGCCGCGUGCUACGAGAUGUACCUCCUGAGCCAGAGGCAUCUGGCUGCGCACAAGCCCAUGCUGCAGCUUGCGCCCACCGAUCUGGAUGCAGACUGGGUGGUUGCCCUCGGCACGCGGCUGUCCUUCAAGCCGUCCCUGUAUCUGCUGCACUGCGCGUACGUGGUGCUGCCCGACGCCAUUGUCGUGUGCGUGACCGACCGGCACGGCUCGCUCUUUGACCUGCACUUUACGCAGAUCCGUGAUGGCGAGACGCUUGUGGAUGGUGCCAGGGCGACUGCCGAGGUGCUCACGCUCGUUGUGCGGCGCCUCAAGUGCCCUGUCCACAUUGUGCUGUGCGGUGUUGGGCCGCGCGCUGAGGCAGCAGCGACGGCCUUCCAGCCACACCUGCAGCCGUCUCCGCCGCCCGCGUCGGAGCCAAAGGCCGGGUUCCUCGUGUCGUGCACGUGCGUGCUGUUUGAGCACGACGAAGGGGUGACGCUUGAUCGCGCGCCGGCGCCAUUGCCGCCCUCAAAGCAGCGGCGGCUGCAGCAGCUGAUGGAGGAGCAGAGGGAGACGUACAAGAAGCAGCAGCAGCAGCGACGCCAGCACGAGCAACGGCAGCAGCAACAGCAGCAACAGAAGCAGUGGCAGGGGCGUGGUCGGCCUGGCAGCGCUGGUGGUCCGCAGUCGCGACGCAGUGGCGGCAGCAGCAGCAGCAGCGCAGUGAACGCGCUCGGCAACUUCGGUUCUGCCCCACGUCGCCAGCAGUCUGCGAUGCUGGACAAGUACAAGAACUUGAGCAGGACAACGAGCAAGGCGCCGUCCGCGCACCGCCGCCACCGCUCGAGCAACAACAACAGCAGCAACAGUGGCAACGGCAACGGUGGUAGCGGCAGUGGUGGCAACGGGAACGGGAAGGAGCGUGAUUUGGUGCCGCUGCGGCUGGAUCUGCUGCAGGGCAACACGCGGCCACAGCCCCGCAUGUUCCUGAAUGUGGGCGGGUACUACGGCGCAGGGACGGACGCGCGGUGCCGCCUGCGCGCGUGUGCGCUGUACACGCUGACGGAGAGGGCGUGGUACCGUGUGACGAUGCUGUGGCACGAGCGAGCGCCUCUGGACGCCAUCACGCCCGACGUCACCCCGCGCGACUUCCCACCAGACCAGGACGACGAGUCGAAGGUGCUGGCAUUUGUUGUGCAGCAGCUACACGACCUGGCGCACUUGUCGCUGCCGGCUGGACGGCCCACCACGCCCAUCCACCUCCGCGCCCUCUCCAGCUUCUUCAAGUAA